UGGCACCGAUGAGUACGAAUAACGCUCCUUCUCCAUCUCUUUCGUUUCCAUGGUGACGUGCUUGGAGCUCUUGGCAUCCUUGGAGGCCUGAGAUGUCGACGUCUUCCCCAACAGCCAUGCAUAUGUCUUCACCUUGACCUGCAGGUUUCCUCUACACUCCAGAACGUAGCCACCAAUCUCCUCAAGCAAGAAGAAUGUACUGGAGCUGCACUGGAUCUUCAAAGCUGUGUGAAGAUCCAGACGGACAUUUCAUCACAAAGCCCACUCGUAGAAAGAGUCCUGAGCCGUGACGGAGUACGUGACGCUGAACAUUUCCCCACUCUUCACCUCCUCUGGAGGACGAACCACCCAGGCCAUCUCCAGACCUGAGGGACCGACAUUUGAUCACCACCUUGUGAGAACUGGGCUAAAGAUGAUGAUUAGCUUGAGCUCCCAAAUAUUGGGACGACCGUAUGCCCACGUUCGACGGUCUUUGUUACUAUGGCAACAGUGUGGAGUGUUGCUGGGGGUGGAGACAAUCAGAGCAGGGACGAUGUCAACCUCACUGUCAGCAGGGCUGUAAACAUGGAGUGUGCGUUGGACCUGACAGAUGCAAAUGUCACCCGGGAUACAGCGGAAAAGCCUGUAACCAAGAUCUGAACGAGUGUGGUCUCAAGCCUCGGCCCUGUAAACACCGCUGCAUGAACACACCAGGCAGCUACAAGUGUUACUGCCAGGACGGAUACACACUGCAGUCUGACGGCAGCUGUAGGAAUGCUCGCACCUGUUACCAUGCUAACUGUCAGUACGGCUGCGAGGUGUCCAAAGGUGUGGUCCGCUGCACUUGCCCAUCACCAGGGUUACAGCUGGGACCAGACAAACGCACCUGUGUAGAUAUUGAUGAGUGUGCACUUGGCGCCACCUGUCCUCGUCACAGGAAGUGCGUGAACACGUUUGGCAGCUUCCUGUGUAAAUGUCACUACGGCUUUAAACUCACCUACAUUAAUGGAGGCUACGUCUGCAUCGAUAAAGACACUCGUUCCUUCUGUGCUCUGAACCCAUCCUCACGGAAGUGUCGCUGUAAAAAUGGAAGGUGUUCAGUUGUCCCUAAAGUCACUCUGGAGCCCCCUAGACCAAAGACUACAACUGCACCUUCAUCAACAACACUGUCACCAACCACUGCGGCUCUAAGUACUGUGGCUGCUUCCACUACUGCACUAACUACUGUGGCAAUUACUUCUAUUACAAGUAGUAGUCCCAUAUCUACUACACCUGUUAAAACAUCUCUGAACACACCACGUACCACACCACGUACCACACCACGUACCACACCACGUACCACACCACGUACCACACCACGUACCACAGCAAGUACCACACCACGUACCACACCAAGUACAACUGUACCAAACACCACUUAUAGUAGACGACCUGCUACACCGACUACAGUUACUGCAACACCUAGUGGUGAACCUUCUACUCUAGUCUCUAUCCUGACAACUCCACCUCAUUCAUCUAUUACAUCUCCUGCCCCAACUACAACUAUACCAAAUACUACAACUCAUAGUACAUCAACGUCUAUGCCCCCGUUACCUUCUACUACACAUCCUAUAACAACUACAACAACACCUCCUACACCUCAUACUACACCUACUUCUACUAAGCCUUUCACUGUUUUUAAUUAUACACCUGCUACUACACCUACCACAGUAGCCCCCACAGUUGCCCCCUCAAUAGCCCCCUCAAUAGCCCCCACAGUUGCCUCGACAGUCGCCGUAGGCACCACACUGCUCACCACCACUGCCACCAUUGUCAUGACGACACUGAACAACAGGAUCGACAAGGACGUGACCCACAAACAGAGAGGAGACGUCCACAUCCCUCGUCAUCCAGACCAUAACCAGGUCUGGGACUUUGACAUUGAGCUGGGGAACACAGCUGAAGAGGACGCCAUGGACGACCCCAGUGUGUUUGCUUCCAACACCAGUGUACUUCGCUGCACCUUUGAUCACGGCCUCUGCGAUUGGCUGUCAGACAGGGAGGGCGAUCUUCACUGGGAAACGUUUCGCGACAACACAGGUGGGGGUUAUCUUUCUGUGCCAGAGCUGAAGGCAGGGCAGAGGAGUGUGCGUGGCGCCCGGAUGGCCAUUCAGAUCCCCAGAGGAUGGUCCCGUGAUGUCCUGUGUUUCUCUUUUUCCCAUUGGCUGACAGGUCAUAAUGUAGGGGUUCUGCAACUGUUUGUAAAACGAAGGGGACGGGACCAAAGAUACAGCACUGCCCUUUGGAGCAGGACAGGAGGACAUGGCUGGAGACAUACACAGAUGACCCUGACCACACCUACUUUAGACCAGGUGUUGCUGAAAGCUGAUCGUAAGCACAGGCGGCAAGGAAGGAUCGCAGUCGACGAUGUUGCCCUGAGGCGGGGAGAGUGUCGAUGACAUGACAUGUAGACACAGACAUUUAUAAAAACUGUUUAUGGACCUUUGUGGAUUCUGUUUGUGCCUGGAACAUAAACUGGAUACAACUGAGAAAAAAAGGAUUCUUUAAAUUGGGUGUGCUGUAGUGUUGUCGUUCACCAGGGGGCGACCUGUGACUUUACUUUGUGUCUAAGGACUGGGUGAGUUGCUGACAUACUGAGGGACAGGAUAACUCUUUUAUACAGUAUGUGUGUUUGUUUUUUACAUUUUCUUUAUUUAAAACAUAAACAUGAUGAAUAUUGAGCCACACACUGAUGACGGCGUCGAUCAACACCAUCAACUGUGACUCCUCGUAAACGUGAUGACAGAGAGCAGACGCUCCGCCCAAACACUUGACCUCAGACCCAAGCAGGAAGGAGGAGAGGAAGAGGAGUGUGUGUUUGACAUCUGGUCGUAUACACACACACACACGCACUCAAACACACACUCAAGGGCGUAGUUGUUACAGACCUGAUUGCUACUUUUCUGUGAGAUCAACACAUUCCUCACUUUAUGGACAUGAGUGGUUUCUGUGAGAGUGUGUGUAUUUGAAGGUGUGUGUGGUUAUUACCACAUUAACGUCAGUUUUUCUCAGCUUGACUUUGCUUCCUCCUGCUGGUGUCACUAACUCAGGUCGCAAUGGGAUUUUUUAAAUUACUUUUUAUAAUCAAACAUUAAAUUCUCAGUGUUUUUUUUCUUUUAAGUUGUUUUAUUUUAGUUAAAUUUAGCCAGAGGUUUCUGGUUAGAAUUUAUUUUACAUGUUAUUGUGACAAGAAGGAAAAACGUCCUCAUUUUCUUUUCGUCUGUUCUCCAAUGUCUUUUUCAUGUGUUGUACUGUGGAAGUUAAUUAAACAACUACAGAAAUCUUUUGAAUAAAUUAAAAAUGAGCUUAAAUAUGCAUUUUUUGUCAAACAAAUUGGCCCAGUUAUUGUUUAAAAUAAUACAAAUAGAUACGAUAUAGGAAGCUAAAAUGCUACAGUAACAUUAGUAGGUUAGCAUUUAAAAAACCCAAAGGUUAGCCACAGGACAGUUACAUCAUUGGGUAAAAUCCUGUCCUCUUGUUGCUACCAGCUGCAGCCUCCUUCAGGGAGCGCUCUGAUUGCACCACAGCCUGAGAGCUUUGACCAAUCAGACCGUCCGCCGUUAGACUCCAUCAUCAUCAAAAUAAUCCUCCUCUUCACCUUUAUCAUCACCGGUUUGUUUGUUUUGGGUUUUUUGUUUGUUUGUGUUUUCCUUUGUAAGGACGCAAAGAUCCACUUGUUGUUACUUAUGUGUUGACGCUUACAUUUGAAUGAAUGAAUGCAUUAAUGUU